CGAUCCUCUCUUUUGAAGAACUUCAAGAAGAAACCAUUGUUGAUUGAAUGUUGUUCCGUCCUUCGAAUGAUGAAGGUAUCGUACGGUAUCGUACGUCUUCGUCAAGGAUCAAGGGCGUGAUACCCGACGUUCCCAUUUCUAUCUCGAUACCAAAAAUUAGUCAAAAUGAAGUCUGCUAUUUUCGCCUCUCUGGUUGUCGGCACUGCCGCCUUUGCCCCUGCCCAACAAGCAUCGGUAUCGACUUCUCUUGCUGCCUCCAGCACUGGACCCAACACGGCGUUCGCUAAUGAACCUGGUGUCGUUGCUCCUUUGGGCCUUUUCGAUCCCUUCAGCGUCCUCGAUGAUGCCGACCAAGAGCGAUUUGACCACCUCCGAGCCGUCGAGAUCAAGCACGGCCGUGUUUCAAUGUUGGCUGUUGUCGGAUACCUAGUCACAUACGGUAGGUUUAUGRUUGUUUCGCUUUCGGUGCAAGGUAUUACCACACGCUCUAUCGUAGCAGUGCUAAGCCGUUUUUUUAUCAAAUUCGUCACGUUCUCGCACUUUACUCACUUUGGAUUUCCGAAACCGUCACAUUUGAAUGGAAACAGCCGGAAUUCGUCUUCCCGGCCUUGAGGAUGUUCCUACGGGUUUCGCUGCAUGGAGCGCCCUCCCCGAUGAGGUUGUUGGACAGAUGGGAAUGAGCUGGAUUGUUAUGGAAAUGGCCAACAGAGAUCACACCGGAAAUGCCGAAACCCCCGGUGACUUCCGAAACGGUCUUUUGGAUUUCGGAUGGGAUGAUCAAACCGACGAAUGGAAGAAGAAGAAGCAAACAAUUGAACUUCAAAAUGGACGAGCCGCCCAGAUGGGAAUUCUUGGAAUUAUGGUUCACGAAAGCAUGGGAAACCUUCAAGAAAUCCUUCCUCACUACUAAGGAAAGAAGUAUCGCAUACUUUUUCCACACCCUACUCACGACAUCAAACAAGAGUCCUGUAACAAGUAGACCUAUUUGAAAUAGACAUUUUUUUCCAUGAAGACGUACUGAUUCAAGAAACUUACUUGACAUGU